CAGCUCUGGUAAUUGCUUAUCCCUCUGUUACUUUGGAGAUGUAUGAUUCAUAGCUUCAACAAAUCGAAAUUUUGAUGUUCUUUUGAGGGUUCUCAUCAACCAAAUGGCAUUUCUUCUGAAAAUCACCCUAGCUAUUCUAAGAAAUAAUCGUCGACACUCCAGAAGGUAGAAUAGUGUAAGAAUACUGAAGAGUGUAGGUCUGCAACAAAUGGGAAAUGACAUCUGAUGACCUAGAGUUGCUUCAAUUCCUUAGCUAACAUCAACUGAGAAUGCAAAACCAAGUUUCAGAGGGGUUCAAAUCCUUCUACCAAUACCAAGAAAACACAUGAACUUCGUUACUCGACAAGAUAUGCUACUCACUAGUCACUUCUUCAAUAGGUUCACCAGUAGCACAGCAAAAUAAAGGACGCGAAAGCAAGAUGCCAAUCUCCUAAACUUGAACGCUAUGAAAGUUUCAGCGGUCAAGAACACAGAAUAAGGUUUCAGUAGUUAUCUAAACAUGAGCGAAUGAGAAACCUGGCUGCCAUUACUCUCACCAGCAGAAUUGGUUGUUGGUUCACUCAUUUCAUCUUGGCCUCUGUGAAAGAACAUGGCGGUUCACCCUUGGAUCAUACUUGCGGAACUCCAGCUUCUCCAUGACUUUCUUGGAGCUUUUCUUCUUGACAUAGAAGAACCCUGUCCCGGCUGCAGAGAUUAGCCUGAUGAACAUGAACGUCUUCUUCUUCUUGUCACCCAUUGCCUUACAUCACAUCAUACAUAAACAGAACCCAAUUAAUCAGUGAAGGACCCAAUUUAAGAAAAACCAAUAGUUCCCAACCAAACUCAGAGAUCAUCAGUUAACUAGCACGAACCCAGAAUCGCAAAGGACGAAAACCAAACAAUCCCACUGCAGCUAGAAAUCGAGAAACUCACCGCUCAAUGCAGACCAGUUCAGAUCAAGCACCAAGACUUGACCUUUCCUUCCUAACAUAGAACAAGCUUGACAGGCUAAAUAACAGUACAGGACAGGACAAAGAAACCGGGAAACCUCUCAUCAACAUGUAACUUUCAGCGGGUUUCCGCUUGGUGAAUCCCCACUCAAUUUCAGGUCAAGUACAGCUUUAGCAAGUAGGAUUCACCAAUCAUAACUUCCAAUCCAUUGAUGCAUAUCUAUCAAUUCUAUAUACCUUUCAUGUAAUAGGUUGCUCGACGAAUUACGAAAUCCACAGCCUAUAAAUUAAAACGAGAAGAAAAAUGCCCUCUUGUUCCGUAGUGAUGAAAAAGUUCCGUACCGACGGAGAGUGAGAGAGAGCCGGACGGCAAAGAAAGGACGGCGAACAGAUAACGGCCGUAGCAAAGAUUAGCCGAAGGGAAGGUGGUCUCUGGCUGAUCCCAAAACGACCGGCGGCGAGGGUUUAAGACGGAACGGGUGGGGUUCGGAGAGAGCGUAUGCAAAUGAAACGCUUGGACCUGGUCGAGAUGAAUGGGAUUUUUUUUCCCGAAAUAUUUUAAAAGAAAAAUACAAAAAUACCAUUCAAUCUAGAAAAUUUUCAAAUAUACCACCAUUCUGGUUCGUUCUGUGUAAAAAUUUAUAGAUCCAAUUGAAAAAAAUCUCAUUUUGUAAAACACAAUGAACUCAUUCCAUUCGUGUACAAAAAUUGUUAGUCACAUCAGCAAAAAAAUGACGCCGUUAACGGUGACUAACGGAAGGUAACAGAGAGUGACUAAAGUUGAACAGUUUAACUAAUCUUAAUGACAACGAAUAGAUUUAAAUAUUUCUAGUGACCAAACGUUAAUGUUUUUAGCAAUCUCAAUGAUCAACCUUGCAAUUUAACCUCGUAUAAGCAUUGUUAUUCGACGCCCUAAAACAUCUUAUUCGUCGCCCUAAUAUUUACUAAAAUGACUUAAAUAGCUUAAUGUAGUCUUUAUUUUUCAAAAACACAUAAAUACUAGGGUAAUGUCUAUUUUUUAUCCAAACCUUUUUCAGAUUCUUUUAUAUUAUCCAAACCUAUCGAAAUUAUAAGAAUUAGCCAAAUGUUAACUUCGAGUUAGUAAUUUUGUUAGUAAUAUUGACUUGACAACAUGAUAUUAACUUGAAAGAGACUCAUGAAUGUCAACAUUCCAAAAUUUUAAUAUAUUAACUUUGAUAUUUUGAUACGAAAGAUUUGGAUAAUUAAUAGAAGUUUAAUAUGUUUAGAUAAUAUAAAAGAAUCUAAAAAACAUUUAGAUAAAAAAUAGAGAUUACCCUGAAAAAGCCCCUAAAAACUAAAACAAACACAAACAAAUAUACCCAAUAACAAAAAAUAAUCAAAUAUAAAAUAUAAUCAAAUAAGCAUUCCAUUUCCACCUCACAAUAAAAAAAUAAAGAAUUAAUUGAAAACCAAAAUGAGAUUCUCUCCAAUCUCCAUCGUAGGUCGGCCACAAAACCCUCCAUCCCGCCAUAGUACGUCGGAGCUCGGCCACCGAGCUUCGCCCACUCUUCACUGAUCGGACAUCGCCUGCCGUGACCCAUCGUCGCGUCCUCUCUCUCUCUCUCUCUCUCUCUCUCUCUCUCCCCGGAUAUGGAUUGAAGCGCCGUCAUGUUCUCCCACCCUUGAAGCGUCGGUGUCCCAUAACCUUCUUCGAUUUCCCUCCAGUCAUCUCAGCACGCCGCAGGAGACGCUAUCCAGCGUCGAAUUCCAACUCAUGUGGCUCAGAAACCUCAAAUCGCUGGGUGUGUCAACACCUCUUCCUGCCUGCACCAGCUCGCCAGAAGCCCUCUGCCUUCCGUCUCCUACACACGAACUCCGCGGGAAGCAUCCUUUGUCGGCGGUCUGGCGGAAUGGGAGCGACGGCAGAUUGGGGGAACAACAGCUGCCGGAAUUUGGUUGGUCGGUGGGACGAGGCAAGAAGUUAAGAUUGGGGUAAUUAGCAUAAAUGGUCACAAACCUUUGCACUUAGUACAAAACAGUCACAAACCUUUAAUUUGUAACUAUUUGAUAACAAAACUUUUUACUUAGAACAAAACGGUCACAAAUUAAACAGUGUGACCAUUUCAUACCAGUUCGAACUUUUGUUACCGUGUCGUUGCAAAUUAGACUUUUGGUGACCGUUUUGUACAAAUUAAGUUCAAAAGUUUGAACGAUCAAUCAUCGUUACAAUUCGCUCUAGUUGUAUGGUGGUUUUGUUAAUGUAUGUGAAUGAUAUGAUCGUCAUAAAAGAUGACAAUGAAAGAACUCAAUGGCUCACAAACGGGUUCCAGACUGCUUUUUAGUUGAAAAAACUCUGUCUACUUUCUUACUUUCUUGGUAUCGAAAUUGAAAGGUCAACUGAGGGCAUUCUUAUUCGGCAAAGCAAAUAUGUCGAUGAACACAUGACCUGACAUCUUAUAUGUCGUUCAAGUGGUUAGUGUCAUAUACUUAACGAACAAACUACCUUACCUCAAAACAUGACAAACAUUUAAUUUGUAACGAUUCGGUAACAAACCUUUGCACUUAAAACAAAACGGUCACAAAUUAAAUAGCGGUGACCAUUUUAUAUAAUUUCAAAGUUUUGUUACCGUAUUGUUACAAAUUAAAGGUUUGUGACCGUUUUGUACUAAGUGCAAAGGUUUGUUACCAUUUAUGCUAAUUACCCGCUGCGAAUUGAAAUUGGGCACAAGGGCACAAACGUCAAUUUAUUAGAAUUAGGGCGGAAAAAUUUUAAUUUUUUGGCAAAAUACACUUGUAUAGCCAUAACUUUCACGUUUUUGACAAAUAUAGCCAUUUCUAUUUGAAAACCACAAAUAGCCAUUUCCGUCCAUCCUUUUAACGGUGUCAUCUAACAUGCUGACUAGACUAACAGAAAAGCUGACGUGGAGACAUUUCAUCAAUAACCAUUCCACGUGAAUAUAAGAAUGGAAACAAAAAUCAAAUAUAAAAAAUUUAAUGAAACCAUUCUCAAUUUCUUCCAAUCUUCGUGCACUGCUCACUCUGCCCAUCUUCGUCUUCUUCCUUCCUCCACUUUGCCAUUUUUUGAAACCAAAUUUCAAUCAAACACCCUAAUCAACUCCAAACCCAUCUCAGCCACCGUAAAUCCGCCACCCUCUAAACCCCUAACUCCUCACACCGCAGAGAAGAAGUAGGUUCCUCGCGGCGGAGCUUCUCCUUUCACGCCCGAGACAGAGUCUCGCCACCGCGGGCCGAGCCAAGAUGAGCCUAGGUUGGGUGAAGACGAUUGAUGAUUACCCAACUCCUCUGCCGAUGGCGUCAGCCCCAUUCCAAAAUCCCCAUCUUUCGCCAGAUCUGGAAUCUCGAUUUCCUAUGUCCUUGAAUUACGAUUUUCUUCGUUCUUGAAUCUGCCUAGAGGAAGAAGCGGACUCGCAAAAGCAAUGAUAGCGGCGGAGGCGGAGAAAAUGGGUGAUCAUUGAGGAGCGUGAAAAUCGGCGCCGGUGAUGAAAUUAUCCCGGUGGGGGUGUGCGGUGGAGGAGCAGAGGUGGGAGGAAGGGGAAGGGGGAAGGUCGCAGGUGUGGUUUUGAGUCGUCUCCUCACCGCUACUCCAAGAAGCCCCUGAACGCGAGCUUCCAGUUCAUCAAUGGUGCUUGCGGGAAGAAGAAGCAGAGGAAACGAAAAUCUAAUAGAUCUCUCAAACCACC